AUGGGAGCUUGUACUCGGUGUGGCAAGAUGGAUCACUCAGCUCGGGACUGUCCAGGGCCGGAUCAGAGCCGCAUGCAGGGCUCAAGUAGGGGUGAUACCAGGGGAUGUCACCAUUGUGGAAAUGUAGGACAUUUCAAACGGGAAUGUCCAAAGCUCCAAGAAGAACAAGAGAAGGGCCGUGGUGAAGCAAGCAAACCAAGCCAGAGCCGGGGUCAGACCUCUAACCCAAGGGUUUACGAGCUGUCCAAUGAUGAGGACGAGACUAAACCAUUCAAGUCGAUCACUGGGACCCUAAGUAUUGGUGGUGUGGAAACACACGUUCUGUUUGACACUGGAGCUACACAUAGUUUUGUGAGUCCAAGGUUGAUCGGAAAGGGUUUGUUCCAAAUUGGAACGAGGGAUGAUCCGUGCAUAGUAUAUGCAGCCGGUGGCCAAGCGAUUCAUUCCUUGGGACUGGUUAGGGACGUCCCAGUGAUGAUCCAGGACAGGGUAAUGCAUGUGGAUCUGGUGGUAGUCCCCCUUAAAAAUCACGAGGUGAUAUUGGGUAUGGACUGGCUUGGAAAGAAUCAGGCCACCUUGGAUUGUCACCGGGGGAGGGUGCAGUUCGAGAGUGGGUGUGGACCCCCGAUCAGGUUCCAAGGUAUUAAGCCGGCCUGA